CGCGAAGGGAGAGCGGCUGCAGCCACGUCUGGGCCGCCGCGGGAGAGAGGCUUGGGAGCGCGGCGCGGGCGCGAGACCUACCCGAGGCUCAACAUCGAUCAGGAGGGGGAAAGAUAACACAGACACACGCAAUCGUCGACGCCCGGGAAAGUAUGCACAAAAUGUGGGAAGUGGGGGGGAAGACCCAAACCCCGAAAGUGUAGGAAAACGUGGGGAAUCUUCUUCUUUGUGUGUAUGUACUCGUGUGUCCCAGGGCCCCUUCAGUCAACCUCGGCCGCUCCGGAGCAGGAAGCAGCCACGGGGGGCAAAACCACCCCGAGGACCGCGAGAACGACCAUGCCGACAUCGGAAAGCCAGAAACUGCUGCGCACGACGAUCCUCAUGUUGCGCGUUGCCUACGCCGCAGGGGCACCUGCCAUCGUGGAGCACCCCGAGACCGUCCACGAAGUUCGCAGGCCCGACCGAUGCAGGCGCAAUCACGGACGCGGAGCACAGCCACCGAGCGGACGAGGUUGGCCACAGGGUACCGCCGACGCUCGCUGUCCUGCGCGCGCCCGGCAGCAACGCAAUCCAGGGCGCAGGCGCGCAGCUACGGUGGGGGCGUUCGUUAAGGAAUGUGCCCAUGAGGCGGCAGACCCUGGAAAGUUCCUCAUCAGAUGAGGGCGGCGGUGAUAUCCAUGGACGACGACGAGGAAGACGAGGAGGAGCGGCAGCACUGGUGAGGGAGCAGCUCCCAUGCCCGUCCCCGCCCCGGCUCGGCGACGCCCCGUCACGCGGCUGGUGCCGUCACGCGCACGUCCCUCCCGCGGCGCGCAGGGGGAGGAAGAGAGGACCGCCGCGCUGCACGGAGCUGCAUGGCAAGAGAG